GUGGAUGGUCGAGCAGAGAGGCGCGCUCGAGGACACCCGUUCUCGGCGGACAUACUGGCAGCACCCUUGCCAAAUAAUUACAAGGAUACUAACCUGGUGUUUGAUGGGAUUUCUGAUCCGUCGAGACAUGUGAGGACAUUCGAAAAUAUGGCUGUGUUACAUGGAUAUACUGACCCUGUUAGUUGCAGGUCCUUUUUAUCAACCCUUAGGGGAGGGGCGCUCGACUGGUUCCAACAGCUCCCCCCAGGCUCGAUAGUGGACUUUGAGGAUUUUGCGGAGAAGUUGACAAAUCAAUAUUCGAGCGCGGUGGCUCAGGAGAAAAUGUAUUUGACAUUGAUGGCAAUGAGACAAGGCGAGAAAGAGUCAUUGCGUAAGUAUGUUGCUCGAUACAAUCAGGCUUGUUUGGAGAUUCUAUCGGCGGUCGAUGAGGUCAAGGCGGGAGGACUGAUAAGGAGUUUGCGGGCAGGACCGUGUCGGACUUCCCUGGCUAAGACCCCUUCUCAGACGUAUGAUGAGGUAAUGAGGAGAUGCAGGAAAUAUAUCAAUCUCGAGGAGACUGAGGCGGAGUUUGCCAAACUGGAGGAGCUAGGUCGAGGGGAGUCGAGGAAGGAGAAAGCAGUGUCGCCUAAAAGGAAAACCUCGCCCAGGAGGGAGGGGCGAGUUAAGCAAGAUCGAGGGCGAGAAGACAGGUGGAAGGACCGACCUAUCUCUGGAGGGAAGAGGUUCCAUGAUUACACCCCCCUGAACGCGAAGGUAGCCGAGGUUCUGAUGGCUAUGGAAAAAGGGAUAGAUGGGAAAGAUGUGACGUGGCCAAGGUCGAGGUUCGAGGGACCCACCCAACCGAAGUCGAGGAGAUAUUGCCACUUUCACAAAGACUAUGGCCAUACUACUGAGGAUUGUCGUCAUCUCAAGGACGAGAUUGAGCGCCUUAUUCGAGCAGGGCAUCUUAAGGAGUUUGUUUAUCAGGAUAAGGGGAGGAGGAAGGAGAAGAGAAGGUGUCGGGAGGACUCGGUAGAGAGGAGUGAGGAAGAUGAUGAUGAGGAUACGCGAGGCGGUCGAGAUGGUCGAAAAAGAGAUGAGGGGAAGAGGAGGCGAGGAAGUAGAGAGCGGGAAAGAGAAGGAGACAUAGGCCAAGUAAAAAGAGGCACAAUAUAUAUGAUUUCAGGAGGACCGACUGACGGGGACUCGAACAAUGCGAGGAGAGGCCACGUUCGAGCAAUGAAAAGGAAGAGGGAAGAGGUGAGUAUUGCGACCCGCAUGCCAGUGAUAAGUUUUAAGGCGGAGGAUGCCGAGGGAGUGGUCCUGCCGCACAAUGAUGCCUUGGUGAUAACCGCGGAGGUUGCAG